UGCCACACACCUCCAAGUUCAUGAAGAUGGCCAGACAUCUCGCAGUCAGCGUUUUCAUCUGUCUGUUGUCUCUUGGUGUCUCGUACCCACUGAUUAAAGGGAAACCAGAUGAUAAAGGAUCCAACCGGCUCCAUAUAAAUGAGACAAAUACUAAUGCAACAGACCCGGCCGAUCGCUGCGCGGAGGAAGGAUUUGGAGCGAUGACGUUAGAUGAUCAGGGAGUGAUGCAUUACUUCAGAGACUCCUUCGUGUGGACCGGAUUCCGAGGCAAAGCUCAGUACAUUAACGAGACGUGGCCGGGGCUGACGGGGCCGGUGGACGCGGCGUUCCGGAUUCACAACAAGGAGCAACCCCAGCUCCACCAGAGGACCUACGUCUUCAAGGGAAGCCGCGUGUGGAGUUUUUUUGAGGGCCGCCCGGUAUCCGGAUACCCGCGACCCAUCAGCCAGGAGUUCCCAGGUGUUCCCGACAAUCUGGAUGCUGCAGUGGAGUGUCACUCUGGGGAGUGCAAGACAGACAGCGUCAUUUUCUUUAAAGGUGGCAAGGUCUACAUUUACAGCCCCCAUGAAGUGCCCCCCGUGAAGGAGCGGCGUUGGUCGGCGCUGGGUAACUGCACAGCCGCCGUCCGCUGGCUGGAGAGAUAUUACUGCUUCAAAGGCACCAACUUUACUCGGUUUGACCCGGUGAGCGGAGAGGUGCUGUCACCGAGACUCCUGGACACGAGAGAUUACUUCGUGAGCUGUCCCGGAAGAGGUCAUGGAGAAGCCGCCAUGAGAAACGCCACCUUCGCGUCAAUCAAGAACCGCUGCAGCGGCCGACCGUUCGAGGCGUUCUCCUCUGAUGAUAAAGGACGGACCUAUGCAUUUCGAGGCGGCUGGUAUUUCCGUGUGGACAGCAGUAAAGAUGGAUGGCACGCGUGGCCCCUGAAUCACACCUGGAGGACCCUGCAGGGCCCAGUGGACACUGUCUUUAACUGGGAGAAUAAGAUGUACUUCAUUCAGGGAUCUCAGGUGAUUAUUUAUUUAACGGACCAGAUCUACGUCCCGGUUCUGGGGUAUCCCAAAUCUCUGCAGGAAGAGCUGGGGUUAACAGAGGUGGACGCUGCCUUCACCUGCCCCCUCUCCAGUGAACUAUAUGUUAUCAAAGGUAACAAGCUGCAGAUGGUGGAUCUCAAGAAGACCCCACGAGUUCCUGGAGAGGAGAAGGUCAUCGCUCACACUCAGGUGGACAGCGCUAUGUGUAACACUCACGGGAUCUACCUCUUCCAGGGGCCAGUCUAUUACCACUACCUUAACGUGGGGCAGCUGCUGACCGCGUCUCAGUGGCCCAAACCAGGAAACAUCUCUGUUAAUUUCUUUGAUUGUUAGAUUGUCUACGUUGGGCCGACGUGGAGAUAUCUGCUAAGAUGUUGGCAGCCCUCUCUGCCCUCCCCCAGCCGUGUUACUUGCUGUCAUUCUCACCGAGUCACGUGGCGCGCAGCUUGCCGUGUUUGUAUUGUACUGGGAACAUGUAGCAAUAAAUGAGUGAUAACAGGC